AUGCUGAGUUUGUUCUCCUUGAAAGGUAAAGUGGCAUUGAUCACAGGAGCCACGAAUGGGAUCGGUUUGGGGAUGGUUAAGGGGUUGGCCGAUGCUGGUAUUGACCAGCUCAUUUUGACUUAUCGGCUGGAAGAUGCCCUUGAAAAAACGAAGCAGCAACUCAAAAAGAUCAAUUCCUCGGUUGAUGUAGUUGGUAUCAAAGCGGACUUCUCCAGUCCAGACGAAGAUGAAGUGGUGAAGAAGAUUGUGGAAGAAGCCUAUGAAAUUGCUUUAGGGCAUUCAAUUGAUAUUCUCAUCAACAAUGCCGGAACCAACAUCCGCCAUCCUUUCGAAAGCUAUCCUCAGGAAGAUUUUGAUCAAGUUUUGCGUGUAAAUCUUCAGUAUCCUGUCAAACUCACGAAACAGGUGGGAUCAAGAAUGCUUGAAAAGGGAGUGAAAGGAAACAUUGUUUUCACAGCUUCGUUGGCUUCGUUCUUGGGUAUCCCUAAUGCAAGUGCUUAUGCAAUUGCAAAAGGAGGCAUCAAGCAAUUGACUCAUGUCUUGUCAAAUGAGUGGUCUCUGAAGGGUAUAAGAGUCAACUCAAUUGUGCCCGGUUAUAUUGAAACAAACCUCACCGACACAUUGGACAAGACGUACAGAGACACCAUCAUUAAGAGAAUUCCAAUGGGAAGAUGGGGCACCAUGGAUGACUUCCAGGGACCCAUUGUGUUCUUAUGCUCUGAUGCAAGUGGCUAUGUCACUGGAGAAAUGCUUGCAGUUGAUGGUGGAUGGUUAGGUUUUUAG